CGCAAAUCCGAACAUUUGAAUUAGAAAAUGUCAACAAUGGAAAUAUAGAAAGAUUCUACGAAAAUGAAAGUCUGGUAAAAUAUACUCAGUUUUACACAGAUAUUUCCUACAAUGUCUGGUGUAAGCAUUUUGAGUGGUGACAGAGGGGAGGGUGUGUCUACCUUUGAGUUCUCCAUGCUAGACCAAGCUGUGCCCUACCCCUCUGCCAUGGCUGGCCUGCCGACCUCAACACCAAACCCAGGCAAAGCAAGGAGGAAAAGCAGGAGGUCCUGGUUUGAAAAUACACCCAAAGGCUUUAAAUUUGAGAUAGCUGUGGACAAGUCAGAGUUACAAGAGCCAGUGAGACGUAAAAGUGAAAACAUGGAAGUCUUGACCUUGACACACUUCACGGCUCCUCCAAGACUAGGGUUUGGCACGUUAAAACUUGGACAGGAGAGAAUGUGCACUCUCAUGUUGAGGAAUCCCCAUGACUAUGAGCAGAGUGUGAAGGUGGAAAAAGUGCCGGAGAAAAAGAACUUUACUGUAAACUGUCGCGAAGUUGUGGUUGGGCCCAAUGAUUCAUUCCCAUUAGAGAUAACCUGGGUCCCCAAGGAUGCAGGUGGAUGUCGAGAGAUGGUGUUGAUGCAGAUAGACAACAGCUAUAGGCUACAGGCAUAUGUGUUUGGUACAGUGACCGAGCCACCAAAGAAAAAGAAAACUUCAGGAAAGCGAACAGGUCUUCUAGCCUCCAAGGCAUCCAGGCCUUUCUCUGUGAUUCAAACAUCGAGUCUAGCAAACAUCGACCACGCGUACAGUCCUGAGAAGAAACCAACAAGACCUGGUUCUAGAGGUGCUCCACAUACACAAGACAGUAGAGCAAGAAAGCCCGCGGUUACAGUAGGUGUGAAAGGGGUUGGCCAAAACUCUAAGCCUGGGAGGAAAUCAGUAGGGAAAAAGUCUGAGGAAGGUCGAAGACGAUCAAGUCGAAACAGUGGUCAGUUUCGAGAAAGUGAGACUGUUGAUGACAAUGAUGAAAAUGUUGAUCCAGUUGAAGUUGAAAGGCCUGUAAAGAGAUCAUCUGGAGAAGGGCCUCAAGGUACUGUUACAAAAUCCAAACCAGGCAGCGUGGUACCUCGCAAAAAAAUGAGACGUUCCAAUACAUACUCCAAUGUCUCAGGAAACCUUGGCCUUGUGGUACCAAUUAUUCACAAUGAUCAAGUGCUGGGGCUUAAAGACACAAGUCUAAUUAAUAUUGAUGACUGUAAUAUUAGUGGUAUACAAGUGUUAGAGCAGAGUCACGACCGUUUGAAUGCUGAACCAAGCUUUUUAGAAACAACGGUGGAACCUAAAAGCAACUGCCCAAAUCCAAGUUUUAUUAAAAAGAUUGAAACAAAAUCUGACAACACUGUGGCAUAUUCUGCUCCUAAAUUGAGAUCAAAUUCAAUGGAGAAUAAACAAGAUGAGAUCAAAUUGGAUGAAAGGGAAGAUCCAAGCUUUUUGGUUCCAACCAAAAAUGUAUUGACCCAGAAGCACCUGAAUGACAGUUUGCAGGAUAGUCUUGAGAUGGAGGGUAAUCAGGAGAAUGUCAGUCCUGCUGAUGAGCCAAGCUUUCUUAAACCUGAAGUCAGGAGUCAAAACAUUCGCAGAAAGUCCUUACGAAGAAGUGGAAGGUUUGAUUCAUCAGAGGAGCCAACUGGGGUCCGUCUGCUUCGUAGUGUGAAACGUAACAGUUCUAGACCCGUGGACAAUGAUGGGCACAUUGUUAAAGCUAAAAAGCGCAGAUCAUCGUCAGAAGGCAGUGCUGUUUUAAAGCAGCUGAAGAAUUUGAAGUCAUUUAUUCAUAAUAAGAGCUUGGAGAUUGAGAGCAGCGGGAAUGAGUCUGGACUGGCCGAAAGACUCGAGUCUGAAGUAGCAAAAUGUGUAGAGAGAAGAGAGACAUUUGUUAAAACAAGAACCUCACCUAGGUUUUCUAUGCCUGCAGCUGAAAGUUUCAGAAGGGGGACUUUUGUGACGGGCUCUGAAAAGUUGAAAAUGUUGGACGAACAAGCGCCAUCCGAAGCAAGUCCUAGAAGAACUACUUUUACAGUUAUAAAAGGUGGGAAUAAGAAAUCUAACAUGGCUGGAGAAAAGAAGCUUGAAAGUAAACUUGUUGAAGAAGAUGAACAAACUGAAAAUGAUGCUUUGCAUAAGAUUGAUGAGGCCCUUAAAGCUAACGUAAAUAGUUCUGAGAAUCCUGAUGCUGAUAGAAGACCGAAAAUGGAGAGAAUGUAUUCAGCUGAUAGUUUAGAGAAUGAAGAUUCAUUGGAAGAGAAGUUUGGAUCUCCAAACAAAAUUCUGGCUGCUCCUACUGAGGAAUUUUCACGCAGGGCUACUCUGACAGUAACAAAGUCCCGCCCCUCAGAUGCCCUGCUAAACCACCACAUUCAUAAUGGUGGGGUCCAUACAUCACUGUUUAAACCAGACUGCAUCCAAGAGGAGUUGGCUGCUUCGGAUAAAACUGAUGGAAAUAGGUCAUCCCAAAACAGCACCUUUGAAGUAUCAGCCGACAAGAGCAUAUUGCUUAAAGAUGCUAACUUUCAGGCUACACCCAACCAUUUGCCUACCAGUCCCAAUCCUAACCACUCUAGGCGAUCAACGCAUGUUGUCUACCAACCAAAGGUCCUCAACCUGAGUUGUGUGGCUGGAAAACAGUUAUUUAGUGUUGAUGAUGAGCCAAGCUUUCUUCAGGCUAAUUCUGACAAAGAAAAACAUGCAGUCAUGGAGCCCAGCUUUUUGGAAGAAAAGAAAGAGAGCUGUGAAAGAAUUCCAGCAGAAAAGACACUAGAUGAGCAUGUUGAUGAUAACAUAACUCAAGAGAGCGAAUCCAAUGAGUUGGAUAAAUUAGAUAAAGUGGUGACACAAAAAGAAGAAAAACCGGAUAUAUCUGAAAAUGACCUAGCUGUUGAAAACAGUCUUCAUGUUAGCCAGCUUGGUGAUCCUAAUAUGCCAAAUGAGGAUGAUGAACAUGGUGAUGUCUUUUCGCCACCAAGUGCAAAUACAAGACGAAGAACACUGUCUGCCCGGCGUUCUGUAGGUGCUCAGUCAGUGCAUAACCUCAGUAUGGAGGAGAUCAAAGAUAAAUUCACUGCAGUGGAUAAAGCUAAUUCUGAAGUCUUUGAAUCAAAGAAAACUGCAACAGAUGCAGAGGUUGAAGCAGAAGGUGGGCUUUUUUUCAUACCAAUGAAUGAUAGCGGACCAAAACAAGAAGCACCUGCUAGAAAACCUAAUGUUAAGCCUGAUCCUAAGAGAUUCCUGAAGAAGCGCAGUAACCCCGUGGCACAAGAGGUUGAUGUGAGAACCAAGCGUGUGUGCUCAGAGUCUUCUGCACCCCUAAGGAGUUCAGUAUCAGCUAGACCAGUUCCUAAGUCUACGCUAUCGGCUACUAGGAAUGUCACUUCUACAGGCAGUUCCGGGACAUCAGGGCUUGUCUCAAAGGCUAACACAACCAGAGUGGUGUCAAGAGGGCCAAUCAAAUCUUCAGGCAAUUCUGGUGCUGGCAGACAACCAAUGAAACCAAGGCUGGCAGCCUCAAAGGGUCUGUCACAGUCAGUGCUCAUUCUGUCAAAGAAAACGAAGUCAGUCAUCCCAAAGCACCCCCUAGCUUUUGCGGCCAAGAACAUGUAUUAUGAUGAGCGUUGGAUGGAGAAACAGGAACGAGGCUUCGUUAACUGGCUCAACUUCAUCCUGACCCCCGCAGAUGAGGUUCAGGGGAGUGAUGUCAAGGUCAAAGUUGAUGCGGGCAAGCUGACUCUUGAACUGGAAAAGGGGCGUGGCAAGCUGGCUCCAACCAAUGAGAUAUUGUCGUUUCGAACAUACUCUGCCCAUCGCAAGCUAAACAGACUUCGCAAGUCAGCAUGUAGGCUGUUCCAGUCCGAUGCUAUAAGACAGGUUAUCCACAAGCUAGAGCGUGAGGUUGAGAGCCGACGCCUUCUUGUUCGCAAGGACAAAAUGAUCCAUGCGGACCUUGGAGCUAAACAACGUCUACUGGACAUGCUGCUCUCGUACAAUCCCCUCUGGCUCAGAGUGGGACUUGAGACCAUCUAUGGAGAGGUGGUUCCUCUACAGAGCAACUCUGACGUGUAUGGACUGUCCCGGUUUAUCAUCACACGGCUACUGACGAGCCCGGAUAUCGCCCAGGAAUACUCCCAUCCAACUGUUCCACAUCUGUACAGAGAUGGUUACGGAGAGGCGAGUGCCCAGCACACCUUGAAGAAGUUCCUGAUGCUUGUGUACUUCCUGGACCAAGCCAAACUACAGCGUAUCAUUGACCACAACCCCUGUCUCUUUUGCAAAGAUUCAGAAUACAAGGCCAGCAGGGACUUGCUACUCCAAAUGUCUCGUGACUUUCUGUCUGGUGAGGGUGACAUCAACCGCCAUCUUGGUUACCUUGGUUACAAGGUCAUGUACACACAGACAGCCCUCGAUGAAUUUGAUUUCGCUGUCAAGAAACUGGCGAUUGAUCUCCGAGAUGGGGUCAGACUCACUCGUGUGGUUGAGAUGCUAUGUGGGCGGACGGACCUAAGCGUCCAGCUGAGAAUGCCCGCCAUCAGUCGACUACAGAAGGUCCAUAACAUCAAGCUGGUGUUUAAGGCUCUCACUGACCAAAACAUUGACCCAGGCAAGUCAACCCCAGCAGAUAUUGUCGAGGGCCACCGGGAGAAGACCCUGGCCCUACUAUGGGCUAUUAUCCUGCAUUACCAAGUGGCUGUGCUCAUCAAUGAAGAGCAGCUCAAAGAGGAGGUGCGGCUGUUGGAGCGUAGUCUCGCUGUGAGACAACGACUCUCCAGGCUAGCCGCUCUUAAGCCAGUUGAUGGAUUGAACCAUCGUAACUCGGAUGCCGGGGACCUUCACACCCAAGACGACAGACUCAACCUGCUGCUUAAAUGGUGCAGGGCUGUUUGUGCGCAUUUCAACAUACAGAUUGAGAACUUCACAGUAUCUUUCUCUGACGGUCGCGCCCUGUGCCACAUCAUGCACUACUACCAGCCAGGGUUAUUGCCCCUGGCGGCCAUCCGUAACGAGACCACGGUCACCCAUCUCGCGGACAUGGAGAAGAAAUGUCAGCAGAACCUCGACUGCAGCUUCAACGACAGUGCCAGCUCGGCUACAGUGUUUGGAGAUGUUGAAGAUCCUGUCAUAUUUGAAGGUUUCAUGAACAAUGAAAAAGAGAACUUUAAACUCCUUGCAGAAAAGGUACGAGAACUAGGUGGUGUACCGAUGAUGCUACACUGGGGAGACAUGUGUAACACGAUUCCAGAUGAGAAGGUGGUCGUCACGUACCUGUUACACCUGUGUGCACGCCUGCUAGACAUACGCCAUGAGUCACGUGCUGCAAGGGUGAUACAACAUGCAUGGAGGACGUACAGGCUCAAGAAGAUGGAGGAACUGUAUAAGGAGAAAGGCAAGGCUGUGGUUGUACUGCAAAGGGCAGUUAGGGCAUUUCUUGGGCGUCUUAGAACCCAGCGUCAAGAAAAAGCUGCCGUGUGCAUACAGCGAGUGUGGAGGGGACACAAGGCCAGGUUAGAGACCAAUAGACGGAGACUAGAAAAGGCCUGGAAGAAACAGAUAGUCGCUGUUAGCCUCAUACAGACUGCCGUGAAGAAGUACCUCCAUAGACGGCGUUACCUACAAAUGAAGGCCUCUGUCAAUGAGAUCCAAGCCUACUGUAAAGGUUACCUGUACAGACAGACGCGUGAACGAGCAGCACUCACCAUCCAGAGGGUGUACAGGGGAUUCAGGGCUCGCGUACACAUCAGCAAGAUGGAAGAGGCUGCCACUAGAAUACAGGCCUUUGUUAGGGGUUACAUUGCUCGAAAGAUGGCUAGAGAGUAUUUGUCUGCUGUACGGGUUGUCCAAGCUAGAUUCAGAGCACAACAAGCUAUGGGAAAGCAAAGAUGUCAGUAUAAGAAAGUAAAAGAGUCAUGCAUAACUAUCCAAAGAUUCUGGCGAGAGUUGAAGAUUACAAGGGAGAUGAGAGAUAAGUUUGUGACACAAAGGGCAGCUGCAGUGAAGAUUCAGUCAAAAGUGAGAAUGAUGCUUCAGAGAGCAAAGUACCAGAAGUUACGCUCAGCAGCUGUUACCAUUCAAAGCCACGUCAGAAGUUUUCGGGUGAGGAAAGCAUUUAAGGUGGUUUUGCACCACAGCCAUCAUGCUGCUACAAUAAUCCAGGCAGCGUUCAGGGGCUACCAAGUCAGAAUGCAACUGAGAGUAGAGUCAGCUGCUGCUACAUACAUCCAAGCAUGCUACAGGUGCUAUUACAUGAAUAAGAGGUGGAGAAAACUUAGGGAAGCAGCUGUUGCUUGCCAGAGACUGUACAGAGCUAAGCUGGCAGGGAAAAGGCAGAGAGAAAUUUACCGAAGUCUUAAAUGUGCAGCCAUCACUUUGCAAGCACAAUUCCGAAUGAUUCAGUGCAGAAGGCCAUACUUAGAACAGAAAGAGGCAGCUGUGAGGAUUCAGAGCUUUUACAGAUGUCAGUUAGCUCGACAAGCUUAUCAGAAGCAAAGAGAGUCAGCGUGUGUUAUUCAGACAUAUUUUAGAGCUUACAUGGCAUGCAAGCAACAGGCAUUGGAGUAUCAUAGACUUAGAUGUGCAACCAUCAGAAUACAAAGUGCUGUAAGGUGUUACUUGGUGAGAAAACAGUUCUUGGAAAUGAAAAAUGCUGCGGUUAGUCUACAAGCAGCUUGUAGGGGUUAUCUGUUUAGAAAACACAGGCUAAAGGCUGUAGUUACCAUUCAGAAAUCAUACAGGGGUUACAAAGUGAGAAAAGAUGUUGAUAGAAUGAACAAGGCAGCUGUAAGAAUUCAGACCUGCUUUAGAAGGUUCAUUGCUCUUAGAAAGUUUACAGCUCAGAAAGGUGCAGCUUUAGUCAUUCAGGCAAGGUAUAAGGCCUUCGCUGAAAUGAAGAAACAACAGAACAGCUAUGAGGAAACUAAGAAAGCUUGUAUCUCAAUACAGCGGUACUGGAGACAGUUUGUUCUAGCUAAAAAUGUUAGAAAUCAGUUCAUUAGACAGAGAGAGGCUGCUGUCAAGAUUCAAGCCAAUGUAAGGAGAAUGAUUCAGCGAGGAAAGUACCAGAAAUUGAAGGCAGCAGCUGUGAUAAUUCAGAGCCACAUCAGAAGUUAUCGAGUUCGAAAGGCAUUCAAGGUUGUUCUGUAUCACAGCCAGACAUCGGCCACAACAAUUCAGGCAGCCUUCAGGGGAUAUCUGGUCCGCAGACAAUUGAGAAAAGAACAUGAUGCCGCUACAGCAAUACAGGCUUGUUACAGAAGAUUCUCACAGAGUAAGAAGUAUAAGUCCCUGUGUCAGUCAGCCAUCGUUUGCCAGCGGUUGAUCCGAGCUAAGCAAGCUGGUCAGAAACAGAGGAUACAGUUUUGCCUAUUGAGACAAGCAACGAUAGUUUUACAGGCACAAUACAGAAUGGUUGUUUGUAGAAGACAAUUCACACAGUUCAAGUCAGCAGCUGUUGUUAUACAAUCUAGAGUCAGAGGACAUUUGGCCCAGCAAUCAUACAACAGACUCAGAGAGGCAUCAAUUGUGCUUCAAAAGCACUGGAGGGCACACACAGCUUGCAAGAAACAAUCAGAGCAGUACAAUAAACUAAGAUCCGCAGCUAUUGUUUUACAGAGUUCCUGGAGGGGCCAUAAGGCUAGGAGCGAGUAUGUUCAGCUGAGAGCUUCAGUAGUGAAGAUACAGGCCGGGUGUCGGGGUUUCUUGUUCAGGAGUAGGAGACAGAAUGCUGCAGUUGUGAUUCAGACAGUGUACAGAGGAUUCAGAGUAAGAAAGGAAUUAACCAACAUGUCUGCUGCAGCUACGAGAAUACAAGCCUAUUUCAGGCGAUACAGAGCUGAGAAAGUGUUCGCAGAGUACAAUCAGGCAGCAGUUUGCAUCCAGAGGCUGUAUAGGGCACAAAUUUCAAUGAAAACACAAAAGAGCUGUUUCAACUCUUUAAGAAAGUCAUGCAUUGCUGUACAAAGGUUAUGGAGGGCAAACACAGCUUGCAAGAAACAAUCAGAUCAAUACAACAAACUAAGAUCCGCAGCUAUUGUUUUACAGAGUUCCUGGAGGGGCCAUAAGGCUAGGAGCGAGUAUUUACAGCUGAGAGCUUCAGUAGUGAAGAUACAGGCCGGGUGUCAAGGUUUUUUGUUCAGGAGUAGGAGACAGAAGGCUGCAGUUAAGAUUCAGACCGUAUUUAGAGGAUACAAAGUAAGAAAGGAAUUAACCAAUAUGUCUGCUGCAGCAACAAGAAUACAAGCCUGUUUCAGGCGACAAAGGGCUGUUAAAAUGUUUACACAGUACAAGCAGGCAGCAGUUAGCAUCCAGAGGUGGUAUAGGGCACAAAUUGCCAUGAAUUCACAGAAGAGUCAUUUCAAUGCUUUGAGACAGUCAUGCGUUGCUGUCCAAAGGUUAUGGAGGGCAAACAAGGCAGGCAAAUCCACGAGACAGAGUUACCUAGCGCAGAGAUGUGCUGCGGUUAAGCUACAGGCCAACGUCAGGAUGAUGAUUCAAAGGUCGAAGUACCAGAGACUUAAAACAGCUGCCAUGGUGAUUCAGAGCCACAUUAGGAGUCACCGAGUGAGGAAAGCUUUCAAGGUUGUUUUGUGCCACAGUCACCAUGCCGCUACGACGCUACAGGCAGCCUUCAGGGGUUAUUUGGUCAGAAGACAAUUGAGAAUUGAAUCAGCUGCUGCCACCUACCUACAGGCGUGUUACAGAUGUGCUGCACAAAGGAGAAGAUACUGUCAGCUUCAGAAGUCUGCAGUUGUCUGUCAGCAAAGAUACAGAGCAAAGAGGGAAUGCCAAAAACAGUUUGUUCUGUAUUCUAAUCUGAAGAAAGCAGCUGUAGCUAUUCAAUCUCAAUUCAGAAUGAUUCAGUGUAGGAGAGAGUUUAUGAAGUCCCAAGCAGCAGCUAUCAAAAUACAGUCAUGGUUCAGAGGAACACAAGAUCGAGCACACUUUUUGAAAACCCGAAAAGCAGCAUGUGUCCUGCAAAACUACUGGAGGGCAGAGUUGAAGUGUCGAAGACAAUUCAUGGCCUACCACAGGCUCAGGGAUGCAGUAAUAGCUCUCCAGAGUUUCCACAGAGGUAACAUGGCAAGAAAAGAGGUGUUCCGCAUAAGGGCAGCAGUGAAAAUACAGGCUUUCGUACGUAUGACUCAAGCUCGAGCACAAUAUUCCAAGUACUGCCAUGCUGCUUUGAGAAUACAAGGCUGCGUUAGAGUAUGGCAGGCUAGGAAGGAAUUGAACAGAUUGCAGCAGGAAAGGUCAAAGGUCAGAGAGUCUCACCUUGCCCAGGUUGUCAUGGUUACCAGGGUCAAUAUGGCUGCCAUCAGGAUACAGCGUUGCUAUAGGAACCACUGCAUGAUGAAGAUUGCCAGGGAGAGGAUGCACAGCAUACUUGCCAUUCAGCACUGGAUGCGAGCCAAACUCCAGCGUUUGAAGUACCUGCGCACUCGAAUGUGUGUGCUCCGUCUACAGGGCAGUAUUCGUGUGUGGCUUGCAAUGCGGGAUAGGGCAGCUAGGGUCAUUCAGAGGUCAGCCCGGACAUGGUUGGCUGGGCAACAGGACAGUAAGAAAAUGAAAGCAGCCAUUAAGCUGCAGUCACUAUGGCGUGGCCACUGUGUACGACGUGACUCCACCAGUAAGAAGAUUGCGACUGUCCGGGCUCGGGUCUUGGAGGCAACGGCAACAGCGACCGAGGAAAAGAAGCUCGGAAACAGGACUGCCUCCGCCCUUGACUUCCUUCUUAAAUACAAACAGAUUUCUCAUGUACUGGAUGCGGUUACUCACCUAGAGGUGGCAACACGGCUGUCUUGGGUGUGCUGUGAACGUAUGGUGGAAACUAAUGCCAUCUUCGUGCUCUACCAGCUACUACGGAGUUGUAACCGCAGCAUACCGCACAUGGAAAUCAUCAAAUACACCCUUAAUGUUCUUACCAACUUAGCUAAGUAUGAGAAGACUCGGACGAGCGUGUAUGAAGUGGAAGGUUCAGUGUCCACCCUAUUGGAGCUACUGACGAUAUACCGGGAGAAGGCCCAGGUCUUCAACAGCGCAUGUACUGUCCUGGGGAUCCUUGCUACCGACAACAAGUGUAAACAGAAUAUCCUCUCUGACAAGAAGUCUGUGGAGAAGCUUCGUAGCCUUCACGCCCUGACGGCUCGUAAACACAAACUGGAGCAAAACCAGCGUGUUACGCGGGCUCGCAUGAACGCCACCCUCAACUCCACAUUUGCUAUCAGGUCACCGGUCAAGAAACAGAAGAUCAAACCAGAAUGGUCACUUCAGAAAGACAAACUAAAGGAAAUUGAAAAUCCUCUGAAGGCUAUAAACUUUGUGCUUGGGAAUCUUGGUAUUCCUACCAAAACAUGAUAUGUUUCUCAUUAGAGACGUGCUCUUAAGGCAAUUAAAUGAAGGGUAUUACCGUAUAGUCAGGUCUUAAAUUGACAGGGUGCUGCAGAAAAGGGACAGGGUGCUGCAGAAAAGGGACAGGGUGCUUAGGGUGAAAAUGGCACAUUGAAUCAGGUUAUGAAGAACUUUAUCAUUAUGAAAUUAUCAUUAUUGGCAGAAAAUGUUCAGGAUUACGGUAUGUUAAAUUGAAGUAUAAGUAAUAUUACCAUAGGUUUUAACUGCCGAAUAUGUCAAGUUUGUAUGUAAUCAUAAUAAUAGAAAGACUUCAGCAUUUCAUUCUAUGAAGGCAGAAGGGUACCAUGCUUCUCUGCAUGAGGAAAGGAGGGUGCUUUCAAUAAAGGACAGGGUGCAGCACCCUUCCAUUCCCCUUUAGCCCUAUUAAAUGUGUCCCAAGAAUGUUUUCUCAGCAAAAUUAACUGAAAAUCAGUAACUGUGUACUAGUAAGCUUUUGUAUUCCUAUCAAAACAUAAAUGUGUUCUACUUGUUAAACUGUGUGACUGAAACAAAUCUGUUGUGUAUAAUAUGGACUGCAGUGUUAUUGUUAUGACAGAAUCUACAAUGGCCCUCUUAUCAAUCUUAUUCUAUAUGUGUUCCUUCUGUAUUCCAAUCUACCAUCUUUUAACUGUGUAUGCUAACUAUGCUUGUGUCAGAAAUUAAUAGCAAUUUUUUCUCCUUUAAUAUGUCUCUUGUGUCCUCUACAGUUACCUUUCUGAGGCGAUAUUCAUAAAACUUCUAAAGUCAUUUCUUAACUUAAGCCACUUUCCUUAUUUUAGUAUCUCUUUAGUCAUAUGAAAUAAAAAAUAAAGAAUUUCCAAAAUACAUUAUUUUCAUCGACCUUAUUGAAAAAACAUACUAGCUGAUGUAAAAACACUUAAUAAAGAAUAAAGUCAUUGAAAUUAGACUUUUGGAUUAACAAGCCCGAAUUCUUAUACUAUUGCUUGGCAUCAAAUUUUUGAACAAGUCCUGCUACAUAAAAUUCAGAAUUUGAGCAAGCCCGAAAGACAUUUCACCAGUGAAGGGCUGGCGGGCUUGUGUUAAUUUCGACCACUGACAUAUGGUAUGCAUUUCUUUUAAUUUGACGAUGAAAAUUUGAAGAAAUUGACUUAAGUUAGAAAAUAACUUAAGAUGCUUUGUGAAUACGGCCCCUGUUGUUUACUUGUGUGUUUGAUUCAGUUCUUUGUUGUACCAAAGUUUUUUAUGUUGUUUUUUUAUGUUAUUUUUACAACUUGCUUGAUUUUUAUGCAUUGACUUUAGUUCUAUUUAUAACCUGUAAUAAUCAUGUAUUUUAUUUCAGAUGCUUUUUUUAUAUAACUGACACAACUCUAUCUAGCUUGGUUCAGCUUGGUUCAAUCACAGACCUAUAAACCAUGGAUUGGAAACUGUUUAUAAGUCAGUGGUUCAAUGUGUAUCAUUUUGCCUUCAAAUAAAUUACCAGAAGUGGAAUACACAUGAAUUACAACUAAUUGUGAGCUUUUUAGAAUAGAGCCCGAUAUUGCUUUGAUAUAAUUGAUAAAAAAUAUGUACCCGAUAUAUUUAUAACAGGAUAUAACAGCUUUUGUCAUUGAAACAGAUUCAUAUUUUCAUAAUAUUGUCAUUUUCAUUUAUUCAUUAUAAAAUGCUGUUUAUUGGGAAUAAUAAAACUAUAAGUGCCUA